AUCAGUGCUACCUGUCAUUGUCCAUCAGUGCCAGCUGUCAGUGCUCAUCCAUGCCACCAUGCCAGUGCCCAUCAGAGCCACAUCAAUGCCACAUAUCAGUGCCUACUAGUGCACAUCAAUGCCACAUAUCAGUACGCAUCUGAGCUGCCUUUCAGUGUCACCUAUCAGUUCCAGUCAGUGCCACCUAUCAAUGCUACCAAUCAGUGCCGCCUAUCAGUGCCAUGCUCAUCAGUGCCACCUAUCAGUGUCCAUCAGUGCAGCUUAUCAGUGCCCAUCACUGCAGCCUCAUUAGUGCACAUAAGUGAAGGAGAAAAAUCACUUAUUUACAAAAUUUUAUAA